AACAUAAAAUAAAAUUAGUAUUUUGGGGCAUGUCGUGCACAUGUUACAGUGUCUGCUGGCCGGGAUCUCCAACAGACACCCAUGCCACUCUGUGCACUGUUCAACCCUGAUUUCAAUUCCAUGUUACCUGAUAUAGUGUCCAGGGGCGGACUGACCAUUUGGAAACUCUGGCACUGUCCGAGGGCCUGGGUCAGUAGGGGGCCCCAUGAGAUGCCCCCGGUACCUUUUUCAUAGGCUUUUUUGAGUUUGGGCAAGGACACAGGGGCCCUAUGAUCCCCUAUUGCCCGGGGGCCCCAUGAGUUGUCAGUCCGCCCCUG